GCUCCUCCAAAGCUAUGGUGUUUUCGUUCUCUCAUUUCACUUGUUAUUUUGAGCAAUUUCUGCUCCUCUUCUCAGAAAAAUGAAGGUCUUCACGGGAGGGAAGGAGAAGGGAAGUGCUGCCGUUCGAUGAACUUGGUGCUGUUGUUACGCUUUAGAUCGCUUGGUUCUUCAGCUUUUUGCGCUAAAGGUGGGAUUUUGGUGAAUUUUCCUGAUCUCUUGUUAAGGGCAUGUGGAUGGCCUUUGGGGCAGCAGUUUGCACUUGAAAUCAUUUGAUCGUUUGGCGAUAAAGAUCAGGUUUUUUGUUUCUGGAUGAUGCAAUAUUUGUUGUUUGUGGGGAUAGUUUUGGGAUGUUGGAGGAUCUAUUGGCGUUUUUAGUUCUAUAUAUAGAUGUUGUAGAAAUCUGGAUUCAAUACCCACAAGGAGCAUGACUUAUUCUCCUGGCUUGGAUAGCUCUAGGGGCCAAAAAGAAGUUCACUUUUUGGAAUCUUGGGUGUCUCAACUUUUUGGAAGUUUUGAUUGGAUCCAUUGGGAUACCUGAAAAAUCAGAAGAACGGCGAUAUUGUGAUAUAGGUGGGUUCGAAGCAAUUAUUGUGCUCGCAAAGGGUUGUCAACAUGGUUUGCUUAGGAUUAUGGCAGCUGCUACGGGAUUAUCCUCCACAUUGGCCAUGUUAGACGGUAGGAAUCGGGACGUGGAUAAUGGAUCUUCACUCAGUUCUGGCAGUGAAGAUCCCAGGACUCCAGAAAACAGGAAAGAAAGUAAAGUUGGGAAACCUCCUCGACAUCUGUCGGUUAUUCGACGUUCUGUGAACACGGGUUGCCUGGAAUUCGAUUUUGCGAGUCUAGCACUUUUAUCUCCACCGGAAGAACAGAUUGGGUUUCUGCCUGUGUUUCGCUCGGGAAGCUGCUCUGAAAUGGGGCCGAAGACAUAUAUGGAGGAUGAACAUGUGUGCAUAGAUAAUCUAAUUGAGUAUCUUGGAGCUUCUGUCAAAUUUUCAUCACCGGGUGCCUUCUAUGGGGUGUUUGAUGGCCAUGGUGGCACAGAUGCAGCAUCUUUUGUUCAGAAGAAUAUUCUCAAAUUCAUACUUGAAGAUAGUCAUUUUCCAGCUUCUGUUGACAAGGCCAUAAAGAGUGCAUUCAUAAAAACUGAUCAUGCGUUUGCUGAUUCCCAUUCACUUGAUCGCACUUCUGGAACCACAGCACUUACAGCCCUUGUUUUUGGAAGGUCUCUGCUAAUUGCAAAUGCUGGUGAUUGCCGAGCUGUGUUAGGGAAGCGUGGACGAGCAAUAGAACUUUCCAGAGACCAUAAACCUAGCUGCAAUAACGAAAGGCUAAGAAUCGAGAAGCUAGGCGGCAAAAUCUAUGAUGGAUAUCUGAAUGGCCAGCUCUCUGUUGCAAGGGCACUCGGCAACUGGCACAUGAAAGGCACAAAAGGUUCUGCCUGCCCCUUGAGCGCUGAACCCGAGCUGCAGGUGACCGUCCUCACAGAGGAAGAUGAAUUUCUGAUAAUGGGGUGUGAUGGCUUAUGGGAUGUCAUGAGCAGUCAGUGUGCUGUGACGAUAGCUAGGAAGGAGCUCAUGAUUCACAACGAUCCAGAACGAUGCUCCAGAGAGCUUGUCCGAGAGGCACUUCAACGAAAUACUUGCGAUAAUCUGACGGUCGUGGUUGUCUGCUUCUCACCGGAUCCGCCCCCUCGCAUUGAGCUCUCAAGAUCUAGAGUCCGCCGGAGUAUUUCCUUGGAAGGUUUGCAUAUCCUAAAGGGUGCUUUAGACAGUGAUGUCUGAUUAUAGAAGUUGUGUAACCUAUAAAGAAAGGAGGCCUCUCGGCAAUUUGGCCUCCUAUGAGAAAUAAAUCAUGUAGGCUAGUGUUUUUGUUUGAUGAGGCUGUAGUUUAGUUGUGUACAUCUGAGGUAAAAUUAUUUGACAUUGUGUGAGACAUCUGAUUGUUGUGCCUUCAAUUUUCAGAUAAUUCAUUAGAGUUUGGAUA